UUCAUAUUUCGACAUUCCGACAACCACCUGAGAAGAGGCGGAGAAGACAAAAGACCAGGAAGGGGCAUGUAGGAAACGCACGUACGGCAGAAAACGAGAGCGGAUCGGCGCAUCGCGCUCGCAUGAAGCGCAAGGCCGCUUGCUUGCUCGUGGCCGUCUUCUGCUUCUCGGCGGCGGCCUGGCUGCGACGGAGCCCCUGGCAGCGGCACUUGGUCCCUCCGUCUCCAGACGCGGAAGAAAACGCCGUCACUAAGGUCACCGAGGCGGCCGUGGACGACUUGGAGUCUCGACUGGCCAGAAUCCGGGAGACCUGCCUGAAGCACAAGAGGGCCUUGCUGGGUGCCCACUACCUGGGCACCCGCAGCAACCGGCGGCUGGGCCGGCCGUCGCACUGUCCUCCGAGACGGUGCCCCAUCUUCGUGGACCGCUCGCACCGCGUCGCCUUCUGCUUCGUGCCAAAGGUUGCGUCCACGAGCGUCAAGUCCCUGUUCGCGGCCCUGCUCAACAUCAGCCGCCCCGCGGACAGCGCCGACGCCAUCCACGAGAUCUUCAACGCCGAGGUGCUCCGGGUGGGCCCCAGCCACUUCCCGCGAAGCAAGCUCAAGACCUACACCAGGGCCGUGUUUGUGAGACACCCGUUCGAAAGACUAGUGUCCGCAUUCGUGGACAAGGCAGGAAGGCCCAGGUCCGCAGAGCCGUUCUUCUACGAUGUAUACUGGGACAGGGCGUUAGCCGGUCUCGCCGGGAACGAGACAACCGGCGUCCGGAUGACCUUUCCGCUGUUUGUGGACUACAUUCUCGCCCAGCCGGACGCGCUGUGGGACGACCAUUGGGCGCCGUACUACUCGAGGUGCGAGCCGUGCCUCUUCGACUACAACGUGGUCGGGAAACUGGAGACUGGCGACAGGGACUUUAGGACCCUUUUUUCGCGCAUGGGGCUCGCGAGCGGUGACGUGGUUCCGCGGAAGAACACGAGGACGGUGGGGGACGCUGGGGAAAAAGGUGGCGCGAGGAAGAGUGCCAAGGAGUACUUUGCCGAGUUGUCUUCUAGUCAAGUGAUGCAGCUGUACAGGCGUUACUUCUAUGAUUUCGAGCUGUUCGGGUACAACUUGAAGGGAUACUUGCAUUGAUGUACUAGGGCUGGAUAUAAUCAACACCAGGCCUUGGCAAACGGCGAAGGCUGUUCCGGUGAGGCACUCAGCGCGUUGUCAUCAAAACCAAGGGCGGGAGAGAUAACAAAGCCGCCUUUGUAGAGAUGUUUAAUGACAGGCUAAUUUUUGAGGGUAAGAGAAUAUUCCUCCUUCUCCUCAUCUCCAACUACUUUGGUUACGCUCCCCCGCCCCUGUAAAAGUAAUUGUGUUGCGUGUAUCUUUAGACAGCGAGAGGUUAGUCUGCCUCAACGGGCGUCUGGUAUCUCAGCUGUAGAUGAGCAAUUUAUGCGGUUCCGUACAACCGCUAGCCCCGGUUCUUUAACGUGUACCACGCUGUAGGGAUACGCGACCUUACACAGGUACGAUGAUCAUCGAGAUUAAAAUGGGCCCAGGGGUGGGGAUUUGAGCCAGGAGCCAUGGGGUUUUGCAGAGGGAGCUUUUGCUCCACGCGCUCUGAGCUACGGUGCGUAAACAUACUAGGUCACCGACUCCCCCGCUCGCCCCUUUGAUAAGAACUGUCCCAUACUUCGCCGCCAUCGCUCUGAUUGGUUGUACGGGCCAUAGUGAUCGGUUUUUGCCGAGUUGCGGUAAAAAAAAA